AUGCCCGCCGCGGACGGCAACAAGAAAUCUCUCUCCUCCUUGGUGCCCUCAGCGGCAACUCCCGGCCGCGGCCUGACGGCUGCGGCGCUAGCAAUGGCCGCUGGCGCCCCCGGCGGUGGCGGUGGCGCAGCCGGCGGUGGCGCCGGCGCGGCUGCCGCCGUGGAAGAGAAGUACGAGAACCUUACCGACGGCCAGAAGGAGGAGCUCCAGGAGGAGGCCGCGGCGACGACCAGCGGAGCGGUGGCGGCGGCGGACGGCGGCGUCGAGUUUACCGAGCAGGACGCUAAGCUUCAGCAGGUUGCGGACGCGCUUCAGAAGGUGGGGAAGAAGCCGGGUGCCGCUGUGGCGGGGGCGGCGGCAGCGGCGGCGGCUGAGGCCGGCACCAGCUCUAGGGGCUCGCCAAAGGCCGCUGCUGGCGGCAGCGCUGCUACCGUGGCCAUGGCGGGCGAGGGUGGCGAGGGCGUCGGCGGCUCCUCCCCCACCCGGACGGUGCAGACCACCGGCUGGGGAGAGAACGAUUCGCAGAAUGGUCCGGGGUCUGUCAAGAACCGCUUGGGGGUGUUUUCGUCCAGUGGAGAUGUUGUCGCCACCGCUCCCGGCUCGGGAGCGGAAGGGGUGGAUGCUGGUGCGCCCACGGCGGAAGCUUUCCCGGCCGACCAAGGGUUUGGUGCUGAUAAGAAAUCCGCUGUCGGCACGGAGGCGGCGGCGGCGACCGGAACGGCGACCGGAUCGACGACCGGUGCCGUCCAAGAGGGCGGCCGGCGGGUGCAGACAGGCGGGUGGGGCGAGAAGGGUGACCGGACAGGCCCGGGGUCGAUCAAGGAGCGUCUGGGAGCCUUCCUUUCCCGCGGCAGCAAGAACCGCUCCUCGCAAGGAAGAGAGGCCGGCGGCGGCGGCGGCGGUGUCGCAGGGGACGGAGCGAGCAGCAGCGUUAGCCGACCGCCGGCGAGAGGCAGCGUCCACGACUCGGUGCCGGACGUGCCUUCGGUCGUCGAGAAGAGCGGUGCCGGAACGGCGGCUGGGGCCGAGGGGCACGCGAACAGCGGGAAGAAGGGUCCCGGGUCGAUCAAGACCCGUCUCGAGGCAUUCACGUCUUCCGGGACGUUCUCGUCUGGCGGCGGCAGCAGCAGCAGCAGUGGUAGUCGCGAGGGAGCGGAGGCGGGGGCGGGGGACGGCACCAGCGGGAAGAGGAGUCCCGGGUCGAUCAAGAACCGCCUCGACGCGUUCACGUCUGGCGGCGGCAGCAGCGGCAGCGGCGAGGGAGAGGAGGCGGGAGCGGGGGCGGGCGCUAGUCACCGACGCGGCAGUGGCACCGGCAGCGUGCACGACCUCGUGCCGGACGUACCGUCCGUUGGCGAGCGACGUGGGAGCGGUGACCACGGGCGCAUUGGAGCUAAUCUCGGAUGGGGAGAAGGCGCGAACCAGACCGGCCCCGGGUCGGUCAAGGAGCGCCUCGGGGUAUUUUCGUCUGGCGGCGGCGGCGGCAGCGGCGAAGAAGGACCGGUGACGACGGAGCAGCGGACGCCGCCGACGGGAGCGGGGGUCGCCGCGAAGGAGACGGGAGCAGGACCGCGGCAUACCUUCGCCCCCGCCGCGGGUCAGGGAGCCAGGCGUCGGCCACCACCUCGGACGAGGGAAGCGAGGGGACUCGCGACGGGAUUUCCCCUACGUCUGGAAGGGGACCGCACCGCCGGAGGGGAUCGGGGGGGUCUAUCGAGGGCCGCGUCAACGCCUUGUACGGGUCCAAGACGACGGCGGAGGAAGGCUCGACGGCGGCGGCCGGCGGCGGCGGUGGUCGGCGGCGCCGCGGCGACGUGCACGGGGCGGUGGGAGAGCUGGCGGAGGCCACGGGCGCCGGCGCAGAACGAAGAGUCGGCCGCGCGGGGAGCGGCAGCGGCGGCUGGGGAGAAGGCAAGGACCGAGGCGCGCCCGGUACCGUCAAAGACCGCGUCGGCGCCAUCGGGAGCGGAGGCGGCGGAGGAGGCGCUCCCGCGGGGGGCCGUCCGCCGCCGCACCAGACAGGCUAUCGGCAGCGGCGCCGUAAGCAGGAGCGAUAGCGGCGGCGGCACCGGCUCGACGCCGUCCCCGCCGAAGCGCAAGUCUAGCAUGACGCGAGAGGAGGCUGUCGCGGCGCUGGCGGAGGCGGAAGCCGAGGCCGACAGGGAGGAGGAGGAGUGGGCUCUCAAGGUCAAGGAUCUCGAGAAGGAGCGGCGGAAAGCGCGCGACGAGCGGCAGAAGCUGGCCGUCGAGACCGCCGAGGCGGCCGGGUUGCCGCCACCGCCACGCCCAUCCUCCGGCAAGUGGAAGAGCGCCAAGAGUGCUCUUGGUGUCGCCGGAGGAGAUGCCGCCGCUGCCGCCGAUCAGGACGGUACCGAGGCUGGUAGCCCGGCGAGCCGCCCGGGAGGGCUUGUUGACGUGCGGGCGAGAGCGCUCCGACUCGAGGAGGACGCCAAGAAGCGAGCGGGCGACGCGAAGAAGGAGUUGCCGUCGGCUGUCCGGCCGUUGUCGAGGAGCGCGUCCGGCGGGGUGAGCAGUUCCGGGUCGGCAGUCCCGCCGCUAUCCAGGAGCGCUUCCGGCGGGGUGAGCGCUGCCGGCGGGGGCACCGGCAGAAAGCCGCGCAAGAGGUCUAUGAGGAAGUCUGGGUUUCCGCUCGGGAGUUUCGACAGCACCGGGUCGGCGACGUCGAAGGACGAAGACGGCGGCGGCGAGGGCGAGGACACCACCUCGAUCACCUGGCCUAAGCCUGGGCUCGCGUUCGUGGCGGCGUAUGAGGACGCGGACGGUGGCAUGGAGGCCAAGAAGCCGAUCGAAGGGUGGGAUCCCGCAGAGGGCAUGGUACCCUGGCGUUCCCCGGAGCGUGCCCCCGAGUACGGGGGCACCGGGGAUGACAGUGACCCCAAGAAGCCGGACACGUACAUUCGCAGCGCUAGCUUCGGGGGAAACCCGAUGGAAGCGCGCAACUCACCGUGGGGGAGCCGGGAUCAAAAACCGUCCAUGUACCGGAACUACAGCUUGAACGAAACCGGUGCCCAGGAGGAGGCGGACGUCUCGUGGACCGCCAACGCUAAGGACGGGGGGGCAGACGAUGCGAUCAACCACCCGAAGAAGGGCAAGGGGGACAUCAUCCUGGAGUCGAUGCUGUUCAAGGACGACGCUAAGGAGAUCGGAAUUGUGGAGCUGAAGGUGAUGAACCUCAACACCUCCGAAGACAAGCGAGAGAAACCAACCAGGCGCGCCCCUACAUGGAACCAGUACUACUUCCGUCUCAAGGAGGAGACCCUCACCAAGUCUCCCCCGCGACGAUCGUCCUUCCCCGGUAACGCCAACCAGCAAGCCGAAGACAUGAAGCUCACGUCGGCUACGAUAACGUCGUACACCAACACUAAGAACUGCUUCUGCGUCCGUACCGACGAUGUGUCGUGGUUUCUGCUUGCAAGAAGCCUGGACGACAUGAAGAGGUGGAUGACCGCAAUCAACCUCCGUGCGAGGCACAUCUUCCAGAGAGAACACGGGGUGCACGACGACUACAUGGGACAGGGUCGCAGAGGGAGGUUCUUCUACCGCAUGGUGGAGGGCUCGGUACCGCAAUGGAUACUCACGCACCCAAUGACCAAGGCCCCGCGCACGGGCGAUGGGCUUUUUCCCGGCGAGGUGGUUGAGGUGACGCAGGUGUUGAGCUCGGAAGACGUGACCUUCCUGCGGCUGGCUAACGACCGUGGGUGGACGUUCGCGAGGAGCCCCGCGGAUGGCAGCGUUUUGUUCGAGGACCUCGCGGGGGGAGUCGCGGAAGACACCGAGGAAUACACCUUCCCUCCCGGGGCGUCGGGCAUGGUGCCUAUCCUGCACGGACCGGGUCUCAGGACGCAGGCGACGGGAGUCAUGGUUCGGCCGGGGGAGCGCGUCCGCGCGUCGGAGCGCUUCACUCCGCUGGACAACUCGAGCGUGGUGUUCGUCAAGCUGCAAGAUGGGAGGGGAUGGAUGCCCCUAAAGAGCCAGCACGGAGGACCCUCUACUAUCCUGCAGGGGUGGUAAUAUUGGAUACCGCUGCACAAAGGGGCCCCGUGCUAUCCUCCAGGAAUGGUAGUGGUGGGUACUGCUGCACAAAGCGGCCCCGUGAUUACGAGACAUCUACAUUUGGUAUGGGGCACUGUAAGGAAAGGGGCACCGGGGUGCCGUCGUACUGUAUGGAGGGGUACCGUUACGCCGAGGGCGCCGCAGGGAUAAGAGCAAGGGGGCGCGUGACUUGCCGUCCCAACGAUAGGGCGCCGUGAGGAAAAGCAAAGGGAUGUAUUUGUACGUUUGUUUGAAUUUUUUGGGGGUCACAGGGUGGGGGGGGUGGGGGGGGAAUGUGAACACUCAACCCCGUACGGAGCCCGGACUAUACCUAAAAUGUCUACUUUACGAAUCAAGUCCGUCCUCAAGUAAUUUUGUUUGUGCGAGAACCGUCGCAGCGUGCAGUUUUUGCUCCUGCCGUCAUCGCUGUUGCCGCAGUAGCGUAGCUUUCCCAUCCCCUUGCGACAAGUCGGUCAUGUGGAGUGUGUGCCAAAUUUUAACGAAGAGAGGGGCGGCGGGUGCUGUUGAGUCGGCCAGUCCGUCGAGUGCAGCGAGCAAUCUUUAUAGAUGUUUUUUAAAGGGUGCAAGCUAGCGCGUUUCUUCGCUCGGGCAGGUGGUCGCACCGUGUCGCGAGUAUAUCCCAACAUAUCGUAAGUCCCCGCGGCCAUGUUUUUUUUGCAAGAAAAAAAGUGUGUAAAGGAUUGUGUCUCCUCGGACUCCCGUUUGUUUUGUUCUGUUGUUUUUUGUCUUUAGGGCACACUUCGGUUCGGACUCGUUAUUAGAGAGGGUGGGUGGGGGUGGCUCCAUCUAUUGAAGGUGGACGUCACGGGAGCCAGCCUCUCGUUGCGUUUUUUCGCGGUUUGGUUUUGUGGGAUGCGAGAGAGAGAGAGGUAGCCUGCCACGCCCGGCCGCGGGCUGACUGCUGCCCUGCUGCUCGGCGGCUAAGAAGGGUGUUCGACAAUGCGGAGUUGUGUACCCGGGGCGUUGCUGUAGAUGUCGACCGUGCCGCCUUAUUGUCUCCUCGUGUGUCUCUUUAUUGUAUGGUUGUCACUGGUUUGUGUUGUCCUCGUGGAGGGUGUUUGGAUGGUGGAUGGUGUUUGGCCGCAGAGCAGCCCGGCGUGCGCUCGUGCUUAACCGUGGCCAGCGCUUCUCUUGUUCGUGUCUGCCGCACCAGCAGGCUGGCUGGCAGUCCUUUUUACGGAGCCACUUCCGCGUCGCCAUCUCUGUGUCGUGUCCUGUGGUACCUACCCUGGCGAAAUGUCCUUACGACCUUCGUUCAUAUCGAUGGUAGUUCCUUCACAAGCUCUCCCGGGAGCGUAGAACCAAAGCUAGCUAGCGCAGUAGAUGGAAAGGCGGGGUGUGUGCCGGGAAGGGAAGGGGGGGGGAGGAUACGUGCACACCCUGGAAGCCAGACCUGGUAUUUUUACAGAAGGCUGGCUGUCCGAAAACACAUGUACGGCUGGCUCAGCGGAUGUACGGCUGGCUCAGCGAUGAUUUCAGUGAGAGCGAUAGCUUGGGUUGCACGACCGUCUAGUGCGUAGGAGACGAACGGAAGAAGAUGCAAGAAAAAAGUGAUGCGGCGGUGGAUUGGGCCAUGGCCCAUCCAUCGUCCCAUGUUUCCCUGGAGAGGGGUUGCUAGAUUCCGCGUGGGGGACGUGCUGUUGCUAAGAAGGUCGUUCGCCACGGCGGGGUGGAUGAAGAAUGUCGUCGAACGCACCCGUCUGUCUGUUGGUAGACCUUCUUCCAAAUCGGAUAUUUUUUCGGCUUGCAGCGGGCGGUAGGUACAAUAAUCAGUCUCAGACGGAAGCCGUGAGUAGGGGUAGGUGGUAAGAUGGAUGGAUGGAUGGAUGGAUGGAUGGAUUGAUGGAUGUACCCAACGUGUUUUUUGGCUGUAUCAGGAGGGAGGAGGUGUUGUGGGUCUCGAUGGUGAUGAUGAUGGCGAUGAGAGUUGAAGUUUGUGUUUUCCAACCUUGUCACCUUGGGGCUGCCAUACCGUGCGCUUUUCUGGCGCGCUCGCGGUUGAGCGGGAAUCAACGCAAGAAGUUUGUUGUGUGAAAAUAACUACCAGGUAGAUGGUAAUCCCUUGCAUAUAUUUAUUUGUAUUCUCGAUUUUUAUUUGGGACCUGUGCCGGAGUCAGAAGAAAGAGCGGAAGGGAGUUGCGCCGUUGGUGGCCUUUUUUCUGUUUAGUACUGGCCGGCUUUGCUGUUCUUGGUGUAGAUAACACGCUAGAGGCGUGGCAUUUCUUUGUCUCUUUUGCGCUGAUGCGUCUUUUAAUAUGUUGGUGAGUUCUGUCAAGCAAGCACAAAAAGCGUGGAUGAUUUAACUUUGCCGAAAGUGGUGGUGUUCUCAUGCGUACGUACGCACGUUUUUUUUUUUUUCUUCUUGGCAUGGAUUGGCUUUGUCAUCAUUCCUGUCUCAUCUUGAACCAAAUGGAUCGCGAGCGUUUGGUGUGUGUGGCGAGAGGGACGGGUAGCUUUGGUGGGCUGGUCGUUUCUCCGGUCUCGAGAUAUAUACACGUACAUUACCGUAUAUAGUAAGCGACUGCUGCUGCUGCUGCUGGCACGUAGUUGUGGUCGUCGUUGUCGCUAUCUGUUCUUCUCUUUUUUUCUCUGUGGCAUGCACGUCUAUUACAUGUUUAGUUAUCUUCAUGGCAAGAAAUGAAUGUCAUCACGGCGUGUGUGGGGGGGGUAGCCCUUAGUUCUUCCUUCUUCGCGACGGUUGCCAUUCGGCGACCGGUGUGUGGCCGUAGGAUGGGGGCCUCGCUUCAUUUGGAAAUGACGUGCCCCUUAGGUUAAAGUCUCUUGGUUUUUGGGUGAGCCAUUGUAGCUCCAUUUUGGAUGACGGACCACACAGGAUGAGAAACAAUAUAAAAACAAACAAAAGAAAGUUGUUCCUAAGCUCCUUUUUUUUUGGUGUGGCGUUGCUUUGUCUUGCUUGUUUUUUUCCUUUGCCCCCGGCGUGCGUGAUGACGAUUGAUGAUGCGAAUAGGGGCGGUGAUUUUGAAUUGUUGGAGGGAGGGAAAGUGUUUCAUUCAGGUUCCUUAGCCGGGGGCGACUAUUCUGCCUAACUGCACUGACUGCUGCCUGUCUGUACCUACUUAGUUAAUGGCAACGGGCGACGGCACAAGAGACUGUCAUGAAUUUCACCGACACAGAAGGAGUGAAGAUCAGAUUUCAUUGAUUGAUGGGAGGACGGGGGUGGUAAGAAUAAUAGUGGACCGACUAGCCGUCGUGUCGCGCUUUGUGUUUUAUUCUAUUCGCAAGCAAGCGUUUGGUAUGUGGGUGCGUUAGAGUGUAGCCGCGUUGCACGGAAAGAAAGGAAAUCUAUCGCACCUGCUUACUUUUCUUUGUUGUUCCUGCUGCUGCUGCUGCCGCUACUGCUGCUGUUGUUUUUGUUGUGGUCACGGCAAUCUCUGGCGGCAGCCUCCGGCGGACGGAAGGCCAAACCAAGCCGUAUUUUAUUGCGUUACCUCGGGACGAAUAAGAUGACCUUGUAUGGUUCAAAAUAAUACUCUAUACAGAUUGGAGCUUGAGGGCGGUUGUUGGUGUGUGUGCAUGUGUUCGUUCGUAUGUAGCAUUUCCCAACUUGCUGCUUGCCCUUCAGCCUGCCUUGUGAAAUAUUUCUUUCUUUCUUCGUUGUUUUUGGGGCGUGCGAUUUUUCUAGGUAUGUACUUACGUGCGUAGUAUGAGCGAUUAACUCCAGCAAGACACGUUGGCAAGUGUUGCGAUGUGUAGGUGUGGAGCAAGAACUUUACUAAUACAUGUGUUCACG